AGCAGCCCUCCCGACUCUUGUCACAGCGAGUCUGGUGAAGGGGAGCCUUGCUUUCCCGUCGCACACAAAGGCUCUGUAAAGGGACCUACCCGCCUCUCCAUGCAGCUGCAAACCCGAAUCGGCGAGAGCUCAGCAACCCGGGCUUUCGCCCGAGAAUGAGUGGGGAGGGAUCUUGAGCAGCCUCCACGUCCUCCGAGAGCGGGGGAGGGGGGAGCCGACGACGGAGUGGAUGGAGACCGCCGGCCGGCGGGAACCGGCUUGCGAUUAGCUGCUUCCUGGAUGCUCCGCGCGCCGGCCAGCAUCCUGCCUGCGGUCCAGAGCGCACUGGCCGCGCAUCUUGCGGCAUGCCUGCGCUGAGCUGAGCCAGCGCCCAGCAGCCAGCCCGCAUUCAGGCACCGCGGACUGGCUCCCGGCAGCGCCUGUGCAGUCACCAUGAAUGCUCAGCUCUAGCCUCGGCGACAGCCUCCCGACCGCAUGGAUUUGGCAGUUUAAUCAACCGAGAUUACUGCCGGGGACGCCUUGGGAGCCUGAUCCGCGCUCCAGCUGCCCUGACAACUUCGGGGUUGGCUGUUUACUUCUCCGGAUCCCCAGGACUCUCCUGUCACUCUGCCGGCUCUGAAGUCAGCAGCCAGGACUCCGCUGACGGCAUCCCCGGCCAGGGGAAGCGAGCGGGGUUAGCGCGAGCGGAGACCCCCCAGCUGCCCAGCCUCUCGUGACUGCCUGUGUUGCGGGGUUCCGAGGGACCGUGCGCUGCCCGGGGAAGCAAUGCAAGUCUCCAUAGCCUGCACAGAGCACAAUCUGAAGAGUCGGAAUGGUGAGGACCGACUUCUGAGCAAGCAGAGCUCCGCCGCCCCCAAUGUGGUGAACGCAGCCCGGGCCAAAUUCCGCACGGUCGCGAUCAUCGCUCGCAGCCUGGGGACCUUCACCCCUCAGCAUCACAUUUCCCUCAAAGAGUCCACCGCAAAGCAGACGGGCAUGAAAUAUAGGAAUCUUGGAAAAUCAGGACUCAGAGUUUCUUGCUUGGGUCUUGGAACAUGGGUGACAUUUGGAGGUCAAAUUUCAGACGAGGUCGCUGAACGGCUGAUGACGAUCGCGUACGAGAGUGGCGUUAAUCUCUUCGAUACCGCCGAGGUCUAUGCCGCUGGAAAGGCUGAGGUCAUCCUGGGCAGCAUCAUCAAGAAGAAAGGCUGGAGGAGAUCCAGCCUGGUCAUAACCACCAAGCUCUACUGGGGUGGAAAAGCUGAAACCGAAAGAGGGUUAUCAAGGAAGCACAUUAUUGAAGGACUGAAAGGCUCCCUCCAGAGGCUGCAGCUGGAGUAUGUGGAUGUAGUCUUUGCAAACCGUCCAGACAGCAACACCCCCAUGGAAGAAAUCGUCCGAGCCAUGACGCACGUGAUAAACCAAGGCAUGGCGAUGUACUGGGGCACCUCCCGGUGGAGCGCCAUGGAGAUCAUGGAAGCCUACUCUGUAGCCAGGCAAUUCAACAUGAUCCCGCCCGUGUGUGAACAAGCCGAGUACCAUCUUUUCCAGAGAGAGAAGGUGGAGGUCCAACUGCCAGAGCUCUACCAUAAAAUAGGGGUCGGCGCCAUGACGUGGUCCCCUCUCGCCUGCGGAAUCAUCUCAGGAAAAUAUGGAGACGGCGUGCCUGAAAGUUCCAGGGCUUCUCUGAAGUGCUACCAGUGGCUGAAGGAAAGGAUCGUCAGCGAGGAAGGCAGGAAGCAGCAGAACAAGCUGAAGGACCUGGCUCCCAUCGCCGAGCGCCUGGGGUGCACGCUGCCUCAGCUUGCCGUUGCUUGGUGCCUGAGGAACGAGGGCGUGAGCUCCGUGCUCCUGGGGUCGUCCACUCCCGAGCAGCUCAUCGAGAACCUCGGCGCCAUCCAGGUCCUCCCAAAGAUGACGUCACAUGUGGUCAACGAGAUCGAUAACAUCCUGCGCAACAAGCCCUACAGCAAAAAGGACUACAGGUCCUAAGGCAGUGCAUGAGCCCCAGAAGCUGCAUGGGCACAAUCGCAGUCUGAACCCUGUACAGAAGUUCCUAGCCACUCUUCUGAACCACUUAGUGGCCUGCUGCUCAACCUCUAGCAUCCCUGGAUCGAGGUGUCCGCUGUUGCUGCCACUGUGCACCUAAAUCCCAAGCACAUCGGAAAACUCACAAUCAAGAAAAUCCAUUCUAUUUUCUUACCUUGGACUGGAGCCCGCCCCGCCCUGCUGGCCCGCCUCCUGCUUAGGCAAGGGAAAGCGCACUGGGGAAUGAUGUGCACCCUCGGGCAUCUGCUAACCUAAAGGCUGGACAGGUGUAUUUUUUCACAAGAACACAACCCAGGUGCAACUGAAAGGCAUAAGAAGAGACCUUCAGUCAGAAGUCUUGCUUGGGAGAAAAAGCAGAAACGAUUUUUCAUUUUUUCCUCAUUUCAUAUUGAUAUGAGCAAGUUUUAGUUCACUUGUCGUGACAACAGAAAAUCCUAAGCAUUUGCUUUCAUUACCUUUUCAAUAUUUACUGUGGCCUGAACCUGUCCUAGUUGAUCCAGUGUGUCCACUGGAAUUCGAAUGUUAUGUCCACUCCCUGUGGAGACGGUGGGAGGGUGAGUGUCCCACUCUUAACCAGAGACAGGAUGGCUCACUUAUGAAGGGAGGGAUACACUGCUAGGAAACAGCUUUGAAUAAAAUGUACCUGCAAUUACAUGUCAUUUUCUACACAUUUUAUUAAAACCUGCUUUAUACUUUCAAUUGCUUAUAGGCACAACUUCAAGUAUAAAUAUUUAGGCCUCAAAAAUAAAUAUGCACAUGCUCAGUUUUCCCAAGUGAACUUGUAAAACACCCAGAAAGGCAAACGUUCACUGUUUAGCACUGGGCUUUUACAGUAUCUUGGUACUUUUGAGGAGUCAUGAACAUGAAAGUAGGCUUUGUAAAAAAUGUUAUGUCACCUCAGAACACACUGGGUGAACACCUGCCCAGCAGAAAGCAAACAUAAUCAUAUUGUAAGCACCACACUCUAUGCAUGAGAGCUCUAUGCACGGAUCAAGGCUUAGCCUUGCUGCACUCAGAAUCGAGAUACAUCCGGCCUGCUACCAGUAACUCCUUACCCAUUAACACACCACUUGAGAAGAACUAAAACUAUGUUGUGAGGAUAUCUUAAAAAAGGGAGGAAACAGGGCUGCGGGGCAGGUGAACUCAGUGGUAGAGUACUUGCCUAGCAUGUGCAAGGCCCUGGGUUCAACCUCUAGUACUGCUAAAAAAAAAAAAAAAAAGGCGGUGGCGGGGGGACACA